CAUACCCUUGCAUUUGCGCAGUAGCUAUCAGUGAAAGGCAGAAUGAUGCUGGCCUCUAGCCUGCGGGCCGUGGGAGUUCCCACCACCCUGGCGAACCGCGCGCAGAAACGCAGCGUUCGCUGCGAGGUGUCGGAGAAUGGCGCCGGGGCAUCCACCGCUACCCUGGAGAAGAAGGAUCGCAAGCCCUCCCCGCUGCAGCGGGGCGGCACCCUGCAAGGCGCAGCGGCGGCUGGCAAGGAUGCCAGCGACAAAUUCAAGAGCAUGGCUACAGGCGGGAAGACUGGCGGCCCGGUGCUGCAGAUGGUGGACGGCCGGUUUGAGGACUACCGCUGGAAGGGCGGUCGCUGGGACCUGUCCCUCUUCGCAGAUUCCAAGACCGGCGAGACCAGCUGGGAUGAUGUGAUUGACGCGGAGAUGGCACGCCGCAAGCUGCUGGAAGACUCGCCCAUCCCCUGCACGAACGAAGACCCUGUGCUGUUUGACACCGCGGAGAUCCCCUGGUGGGCCUGGGUGCGCCGCUUCCAUCUGCCCGAGGCUGAGAAGCUGAACGGCCGCGCAGCAAUGAUGGGCUACGUGCUGGCGCUAUUCGUGGACCAGCUGACCGGCGUGGGCCUACUGGACCAGCAGAACUCCUUCUUCGGCAAGGUGCUGCUGCAUGUGUGCGUGUUUGGCAUCCUGAUCUUCCGCACGAGCAGCGACGUCGAGCGUUACAAAGGCCUGAUUGAUGAGGCAACCUUUUACGACCGGCAGUGGAGCGCCACUUGGGAGGGCCAGGAGCGCCCAAGCGACAAGUAGAUGGCGCAGGAGCGGCGGCGGCCGACGCAGAGACCAAUGUCCGCACCGACCACGGGUGGCUGCUCAUCCUCAAAUUUUGCUAUUCACUUUCCAGUUUGUUUCCUUUUGUUUCCUGCUGCCUUUCUCUUCAGCCAGUCCAAUCCGACACUGCCCAUCACCCCACCCACUCCUGAUGCACCCAUUGUGAAUCACUUGCGUCGAGAAUAUCUCAAUACGCCUGGUGCUUACAAGCUGCACAUGUGAAACACGGCGCAGAAGGUCUACAUGGUGACGAUAUCAGAGUCACCUGCAUCAGUGAUCGUGAGCACGCUCACACGGUGCAGCUUGCCGCAGGCGGUACCGAGGUCCACGUUGUUGCCACUGUAGUGGUGCACGCCAGUCUUGGACAGCAUGGCGUAGUACUCGAUCUCCGACUUGCGCACGGAGGGGCAGUUGUUGGAGAUGAUCACCAGCUUGGCCUUGCCGCUGCGCAGCGUCUUCAGUGUGGUCUUGUAGCCCAGGGUGUACUUGCCCGACUUCAUCACCAGCGCCAGGCGCGAGUUGAUGCUCUCCUGAGCCUUCUUGGUCUUCUUGGCGGCGACCAUGGUGAUGGGUUGCGACCUCCUUCUCAGCCGUUUGGCUCCAGAGGCUAC